GCAUGCCGCACCAGCGCCCGCAGAGAUGAGCGAACGAGGUGGGGAUGCGGACAGCAGCUCGUGCUCGGAGCCCAGCUCCGGCACAGAGGCGGAGGACAUGGCAGCACUCACCGCAGACGUGCGCAGCCUCAAGGAGGCGCUCGCCAGCCUGCGACACGCCAUCGCGCCCGCCUCCGGCUCCACCAACGCCGUGGAUCGGGAGAGCCAGCGCGUGGAGGCGCACGCGUGUGUGGGCGAGGUGACUCGCAUCCUGCGAGCCGUGCUGGACAAGUAUCCCGCCAUGCAGUCGGCACGGCUGCUUGCCGCUGCGGGUGCGCUCGUGCAACACAUGAAAGGUUUUGACUUCGAAAGUAACAACUCAGAGCCCAAAGAAUUCUUCGAGUGCAUUGAUCAGUUGGCCCUAGCAUUCAGCAGUCGGGUUUCCGAAUAUCUAAUGGGUGACCUGGAUGCUCCAGGUGCCUCACCUGCAAAUCGGAGUCUUAGCAGAGCAAAGUCGCUGGAGGACGUGCGGGACGGUGACUCCGGCGGCGGGGCGCUGCUGAGCGCGCGGCGGCUGCAGGCGCAGCUCCGUGGAGAGCGGGUCGUGCCGCAGCUGCUGCAGCGCGCUAAGGCGUGGGCGCGGCACGCGAAGGAGCUGGCCGCCUACGUGCAUAAGCGCUCCUACCUGCACGCCGAAUAUGCCAAGGGGCUGGCCAAGCUGGCGCAAGCCCUGCGCCCUGCGCUGCACCAAGCCAGUAACCUCCCUUUCCAGUCUGAGUAUUCGACGGCGCUGGACAACGACGUAGAGCUGUGUAACAACAGCCAGACGGUCUGCUGUCAGUUGGAGAAGAAGUACGUGCAGGCGCUGACGGACCGCCGGUCGGAGCACGAGCGCGUGCGCAAGCAGCUGAAGGCGCGCUGGGCCCGCGAGAUGUACGAGGCAAACGCGAGCUGCAGGGCCAGCGUCGCUGAAGCGAAUGAAUGCUACCAGCAACUACAAAGGACCAAGAAUGAAAUUCUACAGCAGGGGCAAGAGUUGAUGGUGGAAAGUGACAGAGUCCUCAAAACCGCUACAGUGUCUUACUUCGAAUCUCAGCAGUCCCUCGCAGCACCCCUACCCUCACAGUUCCAGGAGCUGUGUGGACGGAGCGCCUUGUACGAGCCAGGAGCACACUAUGCAGAGCUGGCCAAGAACCCUGCAGACUGUGAGGAGGAGCUACUGGAGGACCCGUUCAUGUUCCAGCUUUUCUACUCGCCGCACAGCAUGAUCGAGGUCGAGCGCAAGUCAACGGGCUCCAUCGAAAGUGAAGAUAUGUACCAAGAUUCUUCUCUCUUCGAGCCAGACACUAAGCAGUCGAAAGCUGCUCUGACACACAAUUUUCGCUCUCUGAGGACACCUGGCCGUUGCCGAGAAUGUGAUUCGUACGUCUACUUCAUGGGUGUGGAAUGCAUAGAGUGUGGAAUGGUGUGUCACAAGAAGUGCGUUGUCGGGCUUUCUAUCACGUGUGGUCAUCGCCGUCUGCCUCGCAAAGUACCAGUGUUCGGAACAGACUUGAAUAACUACUUGUCAGAAACGGCACACCUCAUUCCGUUUAUUAUCUGUAAGUGUAUCGAUGAAAUAGACGCCCGUGGUCGGCAGUCAAAGGGCAUAUACAGGGUGUCUGGAGUGAAGACAAAAUUGGACAAGCUGUGCAACGCUUUUGAAAUAGGUGGGGACCUUGUUGACCUCUCAGAUAUUCAUCCAAAUGUGAUCGCAGAUGUGCUGAAGAUUUACCUACGGCAGCUCCCCGAGCCGCUGCUGUCCUUCAAGCUCUAUCCAGAUUUUGUGAGGCUGGCCAAAGAAUUCGCUUCUGACGAAGACCUGGACCGCGCGCGGUGCGUGCAGAGCUUCCGGGAGCUAGUGGCGCGGCUGCCCAAGUCGCACUACCUCACACUGGCGGCCCUCAUGCUGCACCUCAAGAGGGUGGCCGACGAGGCGGACGUCAACAACAUGCCCGCCAGCAACCUGGGCAUCGUGUUCGGCCCCACGUUGCUGCGCCCAGACGAAAGCAUGCCAUCCAUGAACUCUCUGGUCGAUACUGCGCAGAAUUCGCGCGCGGUGGAGCUGAUGAUCCGACUGAGCGACGAGCUGUUCAGCAGCGAGGAGGUGUGGGAGGCGCGCCAGAAGCAGCUCAAGAUGCGAGAGCGGCAGGCGCAGGCACAGGCGCAGGCGCAGCAGAAGGCGGCGCGCGGCGGCUCCUUCCGGCUGCCCGGCACCUCGCGCUCCCACCACGAGCCCGACGCCAAGCCGCGGCCCAAAACAUGUCGCUAA